AUGAAACGGGAAAAACUUGACAAACAAUUCUCAAAGUUUCUAGAAAUUUUAAAACAACUUUACAUUGACAUACCUUUUACAAAUGCUUUGACGCAAAUGCCUUCAUAUGCUAAAUUUCUUAAAGAUAUUUUGUCAAGUAAAAGAAAAUUGGAAGAAGUUUCUGUCGUUAAGCUUACAGAGAAAUGUAGUGCUAUACUUAAAAAUAAGCUUCCACAGAAACCUGGUGAUCCAGGAAGUUUUACUAUCCCUUGUACCCUUGGAGGUGCUCAUUUCGAAAAAGUGUUAUGUGAUUCAGGUGCAUCAAUAAAUAUAAUGCCUUUCUCAAUUUUCAGGAAAUUAGAACUUGGAGAAAUGAAAGACACUACCGUGUCCCUUCAAUUAGCUGAUCAAAGUACUAAAAAACCACAGGGAAUCAUUGAAAAUGUCCUUGUAAGAGUUGAUAAAUUUAUAUUCCCAGCAGAUUUUAUAGUACUUGAAAUGGAAGAAAAUACAGAGGUACCAUUGAUUUUAGGUAGAUCAUUUCUCGCAAUAGGAAGAGCAAUCAUUGAUGUUCAUCAAGGACAAUUGAUAUUGCGAGUUGAUAACGAAAGGGUGAUUUUUAACAUGCAAAAAAUAAUGAAAUUUCCCGAGGAUGAGUCAUCAUCUUCUUGUUUACAAAUUGACUUACUGAAUGACCUUGCAGAUGAAUACAAAAAUGAUCAGUUGAUUACUGAUUCAUUGGAGAGAUGUUUUUCCAAAUCAGGUUCCACAACUGAUGAUGACCCCAUAAUUAAAGAAGAAGGCGAAACACUUGAAAAAGAUUUAGAAAAUGAGGAAAUUUCACUAGAAGAAGUUCAACCAAAGAUUGAACUCAAAACCCUUCCUUCUCAUUUAAAAUAUGUUUUUCUUGAAUCUGACCUUUUUCCAGUGAUCAUUUCGUCUUCUUUGACUACAGAACAAGACAACAGAUUAAUUGGAGUAGCUGACAUCAAAGGAAUCGGUCCAGCUAUUUGA